GCAACUUACUUGGGUGAGCAAAGGGAAGCUGUCAAACAUGGAGAAACCAAACUGCUGACAAAACCAACUCUCCACCGGGCCGGGCCUUCGGGGCCCGCCGUGAAGGGCGGCCUCGAGUAACAAACGGCCGCAGCUCCCCAAGAGGAGCCCGACCCGGCACAGCUCGCGACGAAUGGAAACCAGAGUCCGCGCCGCUCAGCUUGGAGGGACGGGGCGGGGCUUUCCCCAAGCUGGGCCGGCGCGCGGGGCCGGCAGAGCCCGACUACGAGUCCGAGGUCUACGAGGCGGCGGCCGGGGACGCGGUGGCGGUAGCGCCGGCGCCCGCUGCGGCCGUGGAGCCCGCCGAUUUGGAUUUCGGAGCCGGCGAGGGCCACCACCUGCAGCACAUCAGCGACCGAGAGAUGCCCGAAGAUCUAGCUUUGGAAUCAAACCCUUCCGACCACCCGAGGGCAAGCACAAUUUUCCUCAGCAAAUCUCAGACGGAUGUGCGUGAAAAGAGGAAGAGCAACCAUUUAAACCAUGUAUCUCCAGGGCAGCUUACUAAAAAGUAUAGCUCAUGCUCAACAAUAUUUCUAGAUGACAGCACAGUCAGCCAGCCUAACCUUAGAACCACAAUAAAAUGUGUGACCUUAGCAAUAUAUUACCACAUAAAGAACAGAGAUGCAAAUAGAUCCCUGGACAUUUUUGAUGAGCGGUCACAUCCUCUCACGAGAGAGAAAGUUCCAGAGGAGUACUUUAAGCAUGACCCUGAACACAAAUUUAUUUAUAGAUUUGUCCGUACGCUUUUUAGUGCUGCACAGCUGACAGCGGAAUGUGCAAUAGUGACAUUGGUUUACUUAGAGAGGCUCCUAACUUAUGCUGAGAUCGACAUUUGUCCCACCAACUGGAAAAGAAUUGUUUUGGGAGCCAUUCUUCUUGCCUCCAAGGUUUGGGAUGAUCAGGCUGUAUGGAAUGUAGACUACUGCCAGAUCCUCAAGGACAUUACGGUUGAGGACAUGAAUGAGAUGGAAAGGCAUUUCUUGGAGCUUCUUCAGUUUAAUAUUAAUGUUCCUGCCAGUGUUUAUGCCAAAUACUACUUUGACCUUCGCUCCUUAGCAGAUGACAACAACCUGAAUUUUCUGUUUGCUCCUCUCAGCAAAGAAAGAGCACAGAACCUAGAGGCCAUUUCAAGAUUGUGUGAAGACAAAUACAAAGACUUGUGUAGAGCUGCUAUGAGAAGAUCUUUAAGCGCUGAUAAUUUCAUUGGUAUUCAGCGCUCUAAUGCCAUCCUCUCUUAAGAGAGAGACU